AUGCUCCAGGAGGUUGAUGACAUAUUGAAUCAGUUACUCAGCAAACUUGGGCAGCAUAGCGGCCACAUCGCUGGCUUCUGCGGGAGUAUUGAAAACAAGAAUCCGACAUGCAUAAAAAGGUGCAGGGAAAUUGUAAAUUUAAUGAUAUACAUGAACGGAUAUGAUUUUAACAACGGAAACUGGCAGAAGCGACACACACACGCAGACAACAGGAGCAACUUUGACGAAUAUUUAGAGUGCACAGUGGCCGCGCAGAUUUUAUUACGGCUAUAUGGACGCAAUAAAGAGCAUAGGCACAUUAUAACGCAAGUUUCCGAAAGGUUAGAACACGGGGAAGACUUUCCGGGGAGUCAGCCAUUCGAACAAGGAUUGUGCGAGAACAUAAAUUUCGGGCCCAUAAUAUUUCUAUCGGGGAAUAUUCAACAAAGCUUGCACCAGAGCUUGCGCGAACAGUGGACACCAGCAAAGGUACCGGUUCGAAGCACAUCAGGAAAAUGUGGAUGGGAUGACACAGACGGCAAUACGCAGAAUGACGAAGAAUGCAAUGAGCAGGACGUGGUGAUAACACAGGACGACCCGCUCAUGCGCGAUAUACAGGAAUUGGUGGAUACUGGUACCUUUGAGCACGUGAAGAACGUGUUACAGGACAUGCAGAAACCAGGGCAAUCCCAGGGGAAAUGCGACAUACAGGAUAAAAUAAAGGACAAGAUAAAGGACAAGGUCAACGACAUGGAGAACAGAGUGCGAAAGACGGAAACGCCCUCUGUGAGAGGCGGGGUAGGCACACGGGGCUCAGCACCUAGAGGUGCACGGGGAGGAGGAAGAGGAGUCGGACGUGGUGGACUUGCACCAGGAGGAAGGGGAAGGGGGCUGCCUCCAUCCAGCGCGGGAUCACGCCCUGGAACAGGACCAGGAAGGAGACCACAGCCAGGUACAGGAAUAGUAACAGGACCAGGACCAGAUUCACCCCCGACGAAACCCACGGACGCACCUGCAACAACACAGGCUGCAGCAUCACCGGCAACGGCGGCUAAUGUGCCGGCUGGAACACCAGUACCACCAGCGGACAAGACCAAAAAGACAGAUGGGGACCCUGACAAGAAGAAGGCCGAGAGUAAAGAAGAGAAAACGCCGGAACACACUGAUAAGGCAGGAACACCCCGCGCACCAGCACCUGCACCAGAGGGAUCAGCGGGAGGAGCAGGAACAAACGUAGCAAGGAAGGAACCGGAGGAGGAACCACCUCCUCCCGCGCCGUCACCGGCCGCACCACCAGGACCACCACCAGCAUCCGUGUCCCCCCAGGCAGAACCAACAGUAGUGGUGCCCGGGAAGGAGGCCACACCAGCACCAGGAAAGGACGGCCAACCAAGUACAGGGGGCCAAGGACCUAACAAGGAUACCGCAGGUAAGAUUCCUCUGGAGACUGCAAGCGCAGGGAGCGUCCAUGUAAAAUCUCCCAGGAGCGAAGAAGAUUGUGGGAAACUUGGGCCUGACCCGGACAGAAUUUCUGAGUGCCUGGAAACAGUACUGGAACCAAAAGUACACAAUGUUAGCGUGCCCACCGACGAACCCGCUUCAGGGCAGUGGGGUAUUCCCGGCAGUUCGGGUUCAACAACCAUAUCCAUAGGAACUUCCACAACUACACAGAAUGUACCAACAGGUGAUAACGCGACGGAGACAGUCCAGGACACGGUGCAACGUACAACUCAGACAGGCCAGGUGUACACUAAGACAGAGGAUGGGAAGGACACAUUGGUAUCAGGGACACCAAAAGUGGACAUGCCCAAGGUUACAGAAGAAGUUGCGUCCUCGCCGCCUAACCCCCAACAAGAGGAUGGUGCAGCGGGUACCAGGGGUCCCAGUCCAACCUCCGGUGCAGAAGGGAAUGCCGUCGUCCAUGACGGCAACGAUGACCCCCCUCCGCUCAAUCCACCCAAACCGAACCCGAACCCGAACCCCGAUCAAUCGGGUGCAAGCGGUAGCGGCGGCCCCACCAGCGGGGACGCGCCCUCAGGAGGUG